CAUGGCCGGCGAUUCAUGCAGGUUUGUGCCGAAGAGCGCAAGGAAGGGAGGCGGAUGCACGAGCUGAGGCCCCUCCACCUCCUCUCCAUCCACCUCCUCUCCCACCAUUCAUGAGCAGCAACAGGAUGAGGAAGAGCCUCUCCUCUCCUCUGCGAGAGCUGCUGAGGAAGGGCAAGUAAGGGUGGAUGUGGAGGUGGGAGAAGUGAAGGGGCAGGUGGAGGGAGGGAGGAAGGGGUUGAUCAUUUCCUUCCUCACCCUCCUUCUAUCCAUCCCUGCACUUGUGGGUGCAUGAUGCUGGCCUGCGCUGGUGAUCCCCCUCCUAGGAGGCACCGUCACCAGCGCGUCUAGGCAGCUAGGGCACUUCCUAUCCCUGGGUGUUAAUUUUCUAGUUUUCUCCUUCUCCUUCGUCUUCGUCCUCAGGAACGCUGUCAAUGGCAGAAGACAUAUCCCUGGUCACUGCAUGCGCUUUGGCCCUGCCUACCUCACGCUCCUGGCGGCUAUCCUGAUCCUGGGUGACAACAUGCGCCAUGUUCUGCAAGACACGAACGUGUGGCCUGCGGGGCCAUGGCCUGGUUCGAGCCAGUACGUUCCCAACUGCGCUGUGAGGAUCGCAAUGUCGCCUCCUCGGUCAUGCAACGCCAGCACUGACUGUGGCUCGUUUGACUGCGGGGGAGGGUCGUACGCGGUCGGCGAGGGGAGUUCAUGUUUCACGUGCUACAUCGGCGAGGGCAGCUUUGACCACACGUGUAGCACGGGGAUGGAAUCUAUGUCCUGUCUUUCUACUGUCGGGUUGGUCUUCUUGAGCAUGACGUAUGCCGGGUUUGCGCUGUUCUUCUUUGCAACAUUCUGGAAUGCGGACCUUGUUGGCAAACUGCGGAAGAUACGCGAGGAGUGGAAGGCGAUCAGGGCGGACGACGGGAUAUGAAUGCAGAAGGUGAAGUGAAGGGUGCGCGGAGAGUUUCAAGAGCCGAGGUCGGAUGACAUGCUGUCCACAAAGCUUAUGCACGGACAUCAUUGAAGGACCCGGGAUCCUGUAAGCCUCGCACAUCCUUGCAACUUGCUCGCCGAUGGUGCAACUAGGUACUCUGAUCAGCAGGCGAGGGAGUAGUAAAAGAGAUCAUUGAAGGAAGGUAAGGC